UCAAGAAUGACGCCGUCGUUUUCUUUCCCAGCGUUUAUGUUUUUGGCACCCUUGUUAAUGAAGGGUCUCUGUGUCAGUGGCUCCCCGGGCUGCGCGUCCUGUGGUUUGCCGGCCAUGGAGAAAGACGCAGAGCGAAUGCUGAUGAUAGACAUCGCCAAGCAGCAACUUCUGGACAAGCUGCACCUGAAAGAGAGACCAAACAUCACUCAGACGGUGCCCCGGGUGGCGCUCCUCACGGCUCUGCGCAAACUGCACUCCGGGCGCGUCAGACAGGAUGGCACUCUUGAACUAGAAAACAAUAUACCUACCAAAGAUCAAGGCUAUGAAAUAGUGAGCUUUGCAGAUAUAAAUGAGACAGAGAGUGGUGAUAAAGCCAGCCUCAGUCUAACCUUCCAGUUUCUGCAAGAACGUGGCCAGAGUAUCCAGGUCCUCCAGUCUUCUCUGUGGAUCUACGCUCGCUCCUCUGAGGACCCUCACAGAGACUCUCGGCUUGCCGCCCGGGUUUUCCUCUUUGCAGAUAAUGGGGUGUCAGGCGCAAACCGCACCCUGGUGAUAGAAAAGAUGCUGGAGGUCCAGGAGAGUAACUGGCACACCUUCCCCAUCACUCGCACCCUGCAGGCCUUCCUGGAUGGUGGCCAGCACCGGCUGCAGCUGGAGGUCAGCUGCUAUGAGGAUGGGAAGAACCUUUGCUCCCUGGGUGGCUCUGCUGGCACUUCCAACCAGCCCUUCCUCGUGGCCCAGGUGCGUCUCCGUGAUGACCACUCCAAACACUUAAUCAGGAAGCGUUCACUGCGUUGUGGUGACGAAGUAACCGUGUGCUGCAAGAGAGACUUCUACAUCAAGUUCAAAGAUAUCCAGUGGCAUGACUGGAUCAUUGCACCUGAAGGCUACCAUAUGAACUACUGCAUGGGUCAGUGUCCCCAACACCUGUCUGGCUCCCCAGGCAUAGCAUCCUCAUUCCAUGCCACUGUCUUCAGUCAGCUGAAAGUCAAUGGCAUUAACACGGCUGCAUCGUCAUGUUGUGUUCCCACUGAGCGUCGGCCACUCUCCAUGGUGUACUUCAACUCUCAGCACAGUAUUGUCAAAACGGACGUCCCUGAUAUGAUAGUGGAGUCCUGUGGAUGUACAUAA